ACCUCUGGCAUAAUACAUGUUAUCUGUUAAUGUAGUUAUGGUAUGUUGGUAACAUUAAAAUAUCUUAAAUGAAAUGUAAGUCUUGCUACAAAGAGACUUACAUGUAAAUAAUUAACUUUUUCAUCAAGGAAAUGUGUACUUACUGAGGAAUUCUUAGCGCUUUAAAAUCAUUAAAGAUCUCUCUUAGGCAUUCCAUUGAAGAUGAGAUCGAAAGACUUGCUUUUUAUCAUCAUAUUCAUCAUCUCAGGAAAGCUCAAUGCAGAAGAGAAACCCUGUGGUCUUCCCAAUGUGGAAAACGGAAGGAUUGCCCCAUUUUACUACAGUUUUAAAAAUUACUACUUUCCAAUGGGUAUAGACAAAAAGUUAUCAUUUUCCUGCUUGCCUGGUUAUACAACAAGAGCUGGGAAACAAGAGGAGCAAACUGUGUGCACAGAGGGAGGCUGGUCUCCAGAGCCAAGGUGCUUCAAAAAAUGUGCUAAGCCCGACCUGAGAAAUGGUUACAUCACUGAUGUUAAACUGCUGUACACAGUUGAAGAGAGCAUGCGCUACGGUUGUGCCUCAGGAUACAAAACCACUGGAGGACAGGCUGAGGAGCUGAUUCAGUGUCUUGCUGAUGGCUGGUCUUCUCAACCAGCCUGUAGAAAGGAACAUGAAACAUGCUUGGCCCCUGAAUUACAUUAUGGCAAUUACACCUCGGCACAGAGAACGUUCAAGGUGAAGGACAAAGUUCAGUAUGAAUGUGCUCCUGGCUACUACACCGCUGGAGGAAAGAAGACAGAGGAGGCAGAAUGUCACACAUACGGAUGGUCCCUUAUACCACAAUGCGCCAAGUUAAAAUGUUCCUCUCUGAGGUUAAUAGAAAACGGCUAUUUUCAUCCCAUAAAGCAGACUUAUGAAGAAGGAGAUGUAGUUCAAUUUUCCUGUCAUGAAAAUUAUUAUCUAAGUGGAUCUGACUUAAUUCAGUGCUAUAACUUUGGCUGGUACCCAGAACCUCCUGUAUGUGAAGGAAGAAGGAAUCGAUGUCCUCCUCCACCUCUACCUCUGAAUUCCAGAAUACAAACUCAUUCAACAACUUAUCGUCAGGGAGAAAUAGUUCGUAUAGAGUGUGAACUUAAUUUUGAGAUACAAGGUUCAGAAGAAAUACGUUGUGAAAAUGGAAAGUGGACAGAACCUCCAAAAUGCAUUGAAGAAAAGGUGAAGACAGCUUGUGAAGACCCCCCCUCCAUUGAGAAUGGUGCAGCAAACCUACACUCUAAGAAUUACUACAAUGGGGAUAAAGUGACAUAUGACUGUGAAUAUGGGUAUCAUCUUCUUGGAUCAAAAGAAAUAACUUGUAAACAUGGAAAAUGGACACUACCCCCUGAGUGUGUUGAAAAUAAUGAGAAUUGUAGACCUCCAGCUGAUAUACUCAAUGGGGCUGUUAUUGGAGGUCCACUGCCACAUUACACAUCAGGAUCCUCAGUGGAAUAUAGGUGCAAUGAAUAUUACUUACUGAGUGGAGCAAAAGUGUCUAACUGCCAGCAAGGAAAAUGGUCACCCCCACCUGUUUGCUUAGAGCCUUGUACUGUCCAUGUGGAGUACAUGAACAGAAAUAACAUAGAGAUGAAGUGGAAAUAUGAAGGAAAGAUCUUACAUGGAGACUUAAUUGAUUUUGUAUGUAAACAAGGAUAUGACUUAUCUCCAUCAACCUCACAAUCUGCAUUAUCUGUGCAGUGCAAUAGAGGUGAGGUGACAUAUCCUCUAUGUAUCAGAAAAGAAUCUAAAGGAGUGUGUCUAUCUCCUCCACUCAUUAAAAAUGGAGGUAUCAUUGGGACAACACUAGCCACCUAUGAAAAUGGUUCCUCCGUAGAAUAUGGAUGUUUAGAACACCAUUUCCUACAGGGGGCUAAGGAGUCCUAUUGUUUUGAUGGAAUGUGGUCGACACCACCACUGUGUUUAGAGCCUUGUAUAUUAUCUGUUGUUGAGAUGGAACAGAAUAAUUUAAUCCUGAAAUGGAAUUUUGACAAUAGACCAUAUAUUCUUCAUGGCGAGUAUAUUGAAUUUCUUUGCAUGAGAAAUUCUUAUAUAGCUCAGAAAUCUACACUUGGAUCUGAACUUAGAGUCCAGUGUGAAAGAGGAAUAUUGAAAUAUCCAACAUGUAUUCAAAGUCCAAGGAUGCUGUCUUAUCAGGAACCCUUGAGGCCAUAGCAGUGGACGGCAGAAAUCUUUCCACACAUCAAAUUCAUGAAAUUCUUUAUAAAUUAUAAUUUUAGAAGAAAAAUAAUCAGAUUUCUAGCCUCUAAGUUUUUACCUUGCUUGAAGUUUUAACUCGUAAAUUGUUUAUGCUGGAUAUUUUAUUUAUAAAUAAAGGUAAAAAUAUGUUGGCUCUA